AGAGAACUAAGUGGGUAGAUACCUCAAUAAUUUUCCUUAUUGUAAAAUAAUGUAUUUCCAGUCAUAUUUCUAGAAUUUUACUGAUAUUUUAAAAAAAACCGACUGAAAUUACGUUUAGAAAAUGGAUUCAUUAAAAGAAUACGAAAACGCAGAUACCAUAAGUUUAGAUACAUUAGCUCUUGAAGAAAUAUUGCAUGAAGAAAGAGAAAGAGAAAUAUUGGAAUUAAAAACACUUAGCAAAAAGGUCUGCUAUCUUCAUACGAGUUUAUUGUAUUAUAGAAAUGUGAACACAAAAACUGGGACGAUUUGUUAUGAAGCGUGGCAAACUCUUGUUAAGAAAGUGGGAGGAUCUUUAGACACAUGGAAAGAACUUGGAUGUGCUCUAGGAAUAUCACAGGAUGAUUUAGAUUAUAUAUCUAAUUCAGUUAAAGACGAUCCUGCUGAUAUUGUAGUUAAAGUGUUUAUGCAAAAUGACACUGCCACAUUAGAUAAGAUAUUAGAUGCUUUAGUAAAAAUGAAAAGAUAUGACAUUUUGAAAGCAGUCGAGGAACCAUUUUGUAAUUUAGCUCAAUGUUUCAAUAAAGAGGACAGUGGCUAUCACAGCACAAGUAAAACAAGUAGCCCACGAGAAAUUGUGAGUUUUAUAAAAAAUUUAAAUAUUGAUUUGCCUCCAGCCUUAAAUAAAACUUUUCUAGCUAAACAUAAAAACCAGAAACCGAAACAGCCAUCAUUAAGUCCAUCAAAAAAUAUUGAAAGUAUCAAAAUAGAGAAUGAUCGUCCUAUACUCUUUUUGACUUAUACUGAAGAUGGUUUAGAUACUGCAAUAAAUAUUCAGCGAUAUGUUAGCGAGUGGGAUGACAUGGAUGUGGAAAUAUUGACUCUUAAUAGCAGAAGAGAGGAAGUGUAUCAAAAUCCAGAAAGAUUUAUUAGAGAGUAUUUUGAAAAGGCUGACUUCAUAGUACCAAUUAUAACAACAGGAUAUCUUAACAAAAUAAAAUCUAAUUCACCGCAAGUGCCUAGUACAAAUGACAAUUUAGAUUAUAAAUAUGUUAAUUAUAUAUAUAAUUUGAUAACCAAUCACUAUAUUUAUGUAACUGGCUGCUUUAAUGAUAAAGUAAGGAGUGUGUUACCAUGUAAUACAUGUGUUGAUGUACUAAAAACAGUAUCUAUGUACCCAGACUUAAUGCCAUGGACAUAUGAAACUAAUUUUGAUGAUAAUUUCAAAGCAUUUUUGAAAAAGGAUUAAUUAAUUUUAGUAAAGGUAUUUUUUUUUAAAUAAUUCAUUAAUGUAUUACUUGGAAGUGUAGCUGUAUUUUAGCAGUUUAUAGUGAAAUAUAAAAAAUUCAAUAAUG